AUGGCUAACUCAUUCUAUGAUGUACUUCUUGUGGACCACAAUGCGACUUUGGAUGAGAUCAAGUUGGCCUUCAAGCGGCGAGCGUUACAAGUUCAUCCAGACAAAGGUGGCAGCAAGGAGGCCUUUCAUUUGGUUUACCAAGCCCUUGAGACUUUAGCUGACCCCGAGGCACGCAAGACCUAUGACCAUUCCCUGUCCAGCCAACCCGUCCACCCACGCCAAGCCGCACCCAGCGGCCGAAGAUCUUCGGCCAAGAAGCGCUGCCACAAAGCUGCAAAACCCACCAGGCCACCUGCAGGCACUGCAGCUCCAAGAGGAAGCUGCAACUUUGGGCAGGUGCAGAAGCUGUUGGUCAAGAUCCAUCAUCUGUUGAAGGAGUUACCUCGGAAUCUGCGCAGCACCGUCCUCAGCCGAGAUUUCUCGCAGAAGCAGCGAUUGAUGCUGGAGAAGUGGAUGGUGGAGACGGGCCCUCCCAGGGCCUUUCCUGGACUGCAGCCUCCAAAUUUGGCCAAGGAGCAGUUUCCACAACAAAUGGAACAGAAGGAGGCCAUAGCAGACAGAGAUGAAAAGGACGUGAUGGAGGAGCUUGCAAUGCUUUGGCAUUGCUUCCCCAUUCAUCCAGCUUCUCUCCGGCGGAAGAAGAGAGACGCAAAGGGUGGCAGUGUGAGAGGGAUGGUUGGCUGUGUCAAAAAUUUCAAGUCUUCCUACCGGGCUUGUAUUUGCUUUGAUGCCAUUGAAAUAUAUACCGGUCAAUGCGAUUUGCCCACGGCCCUGGAGUAUUUGGUGAUCCUCACUGCUGUGAAGCAGAAGGUGCUGCAGUCCAGGCAGACAGCUGUGGAAGAGAGCCUGCAGCAGGCUUUAAGCUCAUCCGCGCGAGAGCACGGGAGGGAUGCUUCGGAACUUGGACUUCGCUUCGCCGUGGUUCAAGGGGCCGGAAUCUUCAUCGGAUCCGACAGCCAGGUGCGUUCGCCGUGUGUUCGCGAUGUGAAAGAUUUCGUGAAGAUUCGUAGGUGCUUGGACCCUUUCCGUGCAUACGCAAAGAAAACUGGAAAGGCGGCAGCAUCUACUGGUUUCACAGCCCUGCCGAUCUCCAAGAUGCCUGGGAGCAAUUUCAAAGGGCCGUUUCAGAAGCUUGGCAGGCUGCAGAAAAUCCGGACUCUUUACAAGGCAAACGCCAGUUUUCGUGAGAAACACCUGCAGAGUUGGGAGCGGCAGCAUAUGGCCAUGCAGGACGAGAACAAGCAUCGGCCUCAGAGAUUGCGUGCGGGAAGUGGUGCUGCGAAGAUGCUACUAUCUUGGGAACGGCGGCACAUGGCCAUCAAUGACCAGAACAAACAUAAGCCUCAAAGGUUCCGAAACCAUGGCCGUAAGAAGCCUGAGAAAAAAGAUAUUUUGACCGACAAGCUGUUAGUCUUAAAAACACUUCUCACGAAAUGGGACCGCUUGUUGCAAAAGGAGGCCUCUCUGGUUGAGCAGGCGCGCCGCAAACGUCUAUGGCAACAGAAGAAGGAACAGCAGGCAGCCCAACAACGAGAUGCACUCAAAAAGAGGCAACUUCAAAAGGAAGAACGUUUGAAGAGAGAAAGUAUUCGAAAGAGAAUGAGGUCCGAUUGCACGAUGGAUGACAUUCUCGGUAAGAAAGCUGCUGCCCUGGGUGCAGGUUGCCCAUCAUGCCAUGACAAGUCCCCAAAUUGUUGUGAAGUUGGUGCUGAGGUGAUAAAUGCCCAGAUGACCGUGCACUUGGUGCAGGUGCUUCCAGCUCAACACGACAAGGAAGCCUCGGCCAUGGAGCUGGCUAUGGCUGGUGCAGAGGCGAUGGGUGCUGCGCUGAAGCAGAUGCUUGGAUCUGAUUUAUCAUCACUUUCCCCCAUGAAAAUGGCCGCUAUGGGACAAAAUAGGAGAGAUGUAGCUUUCGCCGUCGUCACAGAGCAUGGUCCCCAUGCAAUGGAGCAGGUUCUGACAGUAAGGAACCUUGCAAAGAAGAAGAAAAAUGGGCGAAUUUGUGACUCCAUGGGUGCCAUGGGUCUACAAUUCUUGCCGAGGUGUGUGCUCAUCGACCCACGGCGCGCAGGAGUUACUGCUAGUUCCAAGGGGACCCUGUCCACCUGA